AUGUCCAGUUCUCGCUCCACCCAAGUCAAUGGCCAGACUUCAGCGUUCGCCGAUGAUCUAGAAGAGCUGCGUGGUUAUGGCAAAGACAACCACGAAAGCUUGGGACAGCUUAUGUUUCACUUCUUCCGAUAUUACGGCUAUGUCUUCGACUACGCAGAACAUGUGGUGUCAGUGAAGGAAGGGAAGCCGCUCCCACGUAAAGAGAAGGGAUGGGACACAGGUAACCACUUAGAGAAGGAAUCGCACAACCGGCUGUGCGUCGAGGAACCAUUCAACACGCAACGAAACCUUGGAAAUUCCGCCGACGUCUACGCUUUCACGGGCAUACACAAGGAGAUUCGAAGAGCAUUUGAUUUGCUCAAGGACGGCUCUGGCCUUGAAGAAUGUUGCGCACAGUUCGAGUGGCCUGUUGUCGAGAAGAACAUUUUCCAAAGACCGCCACCCAAGCCUAAACCAAUCCUCACACGAAGUGCUUCGCAGUCUGGACGGCCAAAUAAUGGGAACAACCAAGGGCGAGCAAACGGGAAUGGCGCGAGAAAUAACCGUAAUACGUCCAAUCAGCGGACCAACGGUCGUAGGUCUUCAAGUGGAACAGCCUAUGGCAACCAAAGGAUGCCAUACGUUAUGAGCCCGCCGGUCGGGAUUAACCCUGCAGAUUACUUCUCAUCCACAGCGAUAUCAACUGACCAGCUGCAUAAUCAACUCUACAAACAGUAUCGCUUUUUGCAGGCCCAGCAGGAAGCUUUGAGGAAUCAGCUCCUAGCACAACAGCAAACACAGGUCCAGUUGCAACAAGUCCAAGCCCAGGCGCAAGCUCGUGGUCUCGAUCUAGGUACCUCACCUCGUUCUCGACAAUUUGCCAACAACAUUCCAAGCCCGCAAAGUGCAAGGACCUUCGACAACUCGCCUACAACAGCACCUCCGCUUUUGCCUGGCUACCUUUACCAUUAUCCGGCAAGAUAUCCUCCGCCCUCGCCAUUGUCUCAGUCAAGAAACACCGAUGACACCAUUGUUGGUCCUUCUUCUCCCUCGCUACAGAAUGCAACACCCACUAUGCGCAGAGGGGUACACCGCGGAUCCAUCACGGAAGGCACGACUAAUGCUUCGGCUCGCUCACAGUCCCAGCCUGGACGUUCUUACCCCAAUCCGUUGACUCUACAAGGUCUCGCUCAUCCAGGUUAUGACGUGUCCGGGGCUAUCGCUACCUCGUACAUGUUGCCACGGUCAGUGCAGCAAUUCUCUCAGAUGCAGCCAAAUGGCUCAGUAAGACAAGCCAAUGGCGUCUUCCCUACUGAGACCGCCAUGCCUAAGGAAUAUGUCGGCUACUACGUCGGGCAAUCUCCCCAGCUUGUUCCUCAAUUCCAGAGUGGCAACUUGGUACAAGUCCCUCAGCUGAGGGAUAUCGCUCCGCUACCCGACAGACGCAUAUCUCCUGAGCUUGUAAUGCCUGUUUCUGACGGCAUGCGUCGUCUAUCUCGUUCGCCUUCACCGUUCGCUGGUGGUCGUCGGCACUCAAGCUCGGCGUCUGCUCAUCCUAUUGCUGCUUCUCAACCCUUCUCCCCGCAGCCUCUUCAGUCUAUUCCGGUGCAACCCAGGCCCAAUGAUAAUCAAGGACCUGUUAUCGUCAAUGGAUCCAACAUGGCAAGCGCAAGACCACGACAGCCAUCUAUGACAAUAGCCUCAACUCCAUUGCCUCAGAAGAGUAGCGAUGCUACUCCUGAUCUGGUCCCAACUGAGCAGAUUCAGCAAAUGUCCCUGGAUGCCUCUAUGUUCCAUACCAAUGGUCAGCAGCAUGACGCAGGCGAGGCAGCUCCUAGACAUUUCGUCAAUCGCACGAACGGACAUACAGUUGAGCCCUCGUUGCCAGCUCAUGUAGCCCAAAAUGUUCCAACACCUGUCUGGAGGCAAAAUGCCCCCGACCCCCAAGGAAUCUCGAAUCAUGCUGCACCCGUUUCACGAGUCCAAGACACAAACCAUGCCUCUUCGACCAGCCUCGGUGAUUCUACCCAACCUGCUUCGCUCCACGCGAUUACGGGACCGCUUCUCUCGCCCGUCGCCGAAAUUCGCACGCCAUCGCCCGCAAUUGGCCGGGCGGCCGAACCCUCGAAACAUGGGCCUCACCACAAGCUCGCGCAGAACGUACAGAUAGUGAAUGGCAAGCACGCAGAAGCGGCUUCAAAGUCACAGAAUGGAAACUCCAGCCGCAGUGACGGUAGNCAAACAUCAAGCUCCUUCAAAUAA